AUGUACAGUGCCUCGAAUCUAUCCCUCGUGCCCCUUCAGUCCCGGCCUAAAAGCAUUGAGAUCAUAUCCAAAUGCCAUCGUCAGUUGAACGCCCAUCUUCGUUCCCCCAGCGCCUCCGUCGAGGUGGCCCUCAUUUGCGGCCUGAUAUUCUACACAUUUGAGUGUUUACUCGGCGACACGAAGCAAGCUACCUGGCAUCUAAAUCAGGGAUUGAGACUACUUCAAGGCACUCUCGUCGAAAAUCCCGCUAUGUAUGCUUCGUUAGACGGCAUGUCCGACCAGUUGCUUGCGAUUUUCACCCGACUCGAUGUCCAGGCUAGUAUCUUCGACAGCGAUCGGAGUCCCGGGCUUCGGCUACUUCCAUCGGGGAGCAUGGCGUCGUGUCCAACCAGCCUCGUUCCCGAAGUCUUUGUCGAUUCCUCUCACGCAGAGAACGUUCUGACCCGCCUGCAGAAUAUCACCAUGCACCACAUCAUAAACUACCUGGAUUUGAAGCGCUGCUCAUGGGAUCAACUCCCCUUACCUGUCAAGAGCGAAAGACUGGCCAUUGUAUCGUCAAUUCAGAGAUUCCAAUUCGCAGUGGCAGAGCUACUUGCUCGAAUCGAGCAACACAAUCAAGGCCCUCCCUCCAGCCCUGAACCCACAUACCAAAGGCGUCGACAGCAUAUUCUCCUCCUACAGAUUCAAGCCGAGCUGUUUCACGGCAUUCUCGUAGAAGACAACACCCUCCCGCCAUCAUCGCGAGAUAUAGGCGGCGCCAUCGACAAUCGUCUCGAGGCUGCACUAACGCAGAUUUCGGCCAUCCUUGACAUAGCCAGGAUGGAGAGAGAGAACCCGCUGUCCGGAUCGGGGUUCAUGCUAUCCACGCAGUUGAUCGCUUCGCUAUAUUAUAUUUGCAUGAAAGCGCGGAAUCGGAAGACGCGGCAGCUGGCUCUUUCGCUGCUGCAGGACUCCGGGGUCCCGCAGCGAGAGGGCCUUUGGAAUGCCAAGACGGCGGCCUUUGUCGUGGAAAGCAUGAUAUUCAAUCAUGAUCAAGGCUCAUCGGAAGGGGGUCGAGCGGAGGCGAGGCUGGAGGAUUUUGGUCGAGGAAUUGUGGAUCUUGGGGGGUUGGAUGAGGCGUUUCAGGUGCUGCAGAUAAGUAAACAGAGUGAAAAGGUGGUUUAG